AUGGAUUUUAAGAAAGGAGGUUGGAACCCUAGUUUCAACAUUGAGAACUUCUCAUCAGAUUUACUAGAUGAUAAGAUGGCCAAGAAUAUCAUUGGUGAUCUCAAGAAAAAUUUGCCUCCUGGUGGAUUUCCGAAACAUAAACCAGUUAUUACAAGUAAUACUCCAGGAAGCGGACUAGCAUCUGCCAAAGCCAAAAGAGGAAUAUCGUCAAAUGAUUCAGAUCUCGUUACGAAAAUGAGUUAGAGACUACAGCAGUUAGAAUCUGUGAAUCAGUCAUUAAGAAGUGAGGUAAAGGAAAAGAGCCUCAAGAUCGAAAAGUUAGAAAGAGAAAAUUUCAUUUUGUAGACUAGCUCAUCUUAAGAUUACGCUCGUGUUCUAAAGGAGGCACAGCAAGACAGAGAUAGAUUUAAAGAAUAAGUCAAAGAAAUGGAGUAGUUCCUUUAAGAUUAUGGAUUGAAAUGGGUCGGUAAAGAUGGUUUAAGAGAAGGCAAGUUUGAUGAAAAGUCAAUCAACCAAGAACUCCUGCACUAGAAGCCUCACUAUAAGAACAACCUUCCAUCAGAAAUUGACACUGAAGUAUUGACUAAAAGAAUUGAGGAACUCAAUUUUAUUGCUGAGAAGUAGAGAAUAGUCAAGAACAAAGACGGACUCCAUCAGUUCUAGAAGGUAGAUGACGUACUUAUCUUCUUUUUCAAGAAUGGUCUUAUUAUCAAAGGUUUCCCUUUCUACCCUUAUUAUUCUAAAGAAGCAUAGAGUGUUCUAAGUGAUAUUUUAGACGGCUAUUUUCCAUAUGAUCUAAAGAAAAAAUAUCCUGAGGGUGUCCCACUCAAGCCAGUAGAUUGCACAGAUGAUACUUACACUGCUUAAACCAAUUAAAACCCAAAGUUCAAGAACUUUGGCGAUUUGGAAAAAGACACCAAUCCAAUGUCAAAAGAGGAAUUCUUGAAUCAAUUCCCUAAAUAAGUCAUCAAGGAGGGUAACAUCAUUCCCAUAAGAGAAGAGUUAGAAAAAAGAUUUAGAGAUACUUAAGAAUUAGAUAUUAAUAAGCUGAAUUCAAAUGAACCUAUUUCAAUUGAAACUGACGUAACUAGAAACAUUGCUAAUAUUCCAGCAACUGAUAUUGUUACAAUGAGAAUCAGAUCAGAAACAGGAAAAAGAACUCUAAUUCUAAAACUCUUAAUUACUGAUAGAAUUGACAAAGUUUACAAAGCCAUUAAGCCUUACAUCGAAAAUAAGGGGAAAUCCUUUGAAGUUAGGACAACAUUCCCUAACAAAGCUUAUAAUGAAGAUGAAACCAAGACACUUAAAGAACUUGGACUUGCUCCUUCAUGUGCGCUAGUAAUUCAGCUCAAAUGA